CUUCAUCACACCUGCCAUCUUGAAAACCGUUGAUUCUUGACAAAGAGGAUACAAUUAUUAUAGGUUUUGUUUCUGUAUAUAAUAAUUUUACAGGAGUAAUCAAUUUCGUAUUUUUAUAAGAAAAAUCAUCCAAAUAUUGAUUCAUGGAUAUUGAAUUGGAUGAAAUCUUCAUUCGGAGCUUAUUAUGAGUUUAUACGAAAGUAUAAGUAACUGUGAUGGUCAAUUAUUAAUCAAAAUAUUGAUUAGUUCGAAUAAAUAGACUAUCAUUAUUCUAUAUUUGGGAAUUUUCGAUCAAUUAGUCCAAUAACAUCAAAGUUAUAUAAUUGCAUAAUUUAUUCCUCUUUGCAUUUUAAAAACAAAAAUGUCGAGUAUAUUCUAUUUUGAUCGAUAGGCAGCGUUUCGGCUGCGUAUCGUUUUGAAUCCUUGCUUGCUGAUUGGUCGAGACGGGUCACGUGACCCCUCAGCCCGUAACGAAACCCAAGCGUUCAUUUGGCGGGUUCGUGUUGUCGUUGUGUUGUGUAGCGUUGGUUUCUUGUUCGUUGUGUUACGUUGGACGUUGUGUAUUCUAAAAGAUCAAGAUGGCUGGUGGUAAAGCUGGUAAAGAUUCAGGCAAAGCAAAAGCUAAAGCAGUCUCAAGAUCCGCGAGAGCUGGUCUACAGUUUCCCGUUGGAAGAAUACACAGACAUCUGAAAAACAGAACGACAAGUCAUGGUCGUGUUGGAGCCACAGCGGCUGUUUACAGUGCAGCUAUAUUGGAAUAUUUGACCGCUGAGGUUCUGGAGUUGGCUGGAAACGCUUCAAAGGAUUUGAAAGUGAAACGUAUCACCCCCAGACAUUUGCAGCUCGCCAUCAGAGGAGACGAAGAACUUGACAGUUUAAUCAAGGCGACAAUUGCUGGCGGAGGUGUGAUUCCUCACAUUCACAAGUCGCUGAUUGGAAAGAAGGGAUCUCAGAAGCCGACAUAAUUCUGCUCGAUUAUGUUUGCGUGUGUAAUGAAGACAGACAGAUAUUCAGUGUGCGUGGAAGAACAGAAGUACAUAUGUGUAAUUGGUGAACUUUAUAUACACAGAAUUCUCAUUGCCUCGGUUUGUUAGAGGCGAUGAGUUCUUUCUAUAAUUAUUUUGUAACUUACUGGUAGUUUAACUCUCCGGCAUUCAACAAAUUGCCGAUGAACUAUUAAUUGUUGAAGUUGUGUGUCUUCAAAGUAUUUCUGUUUAAAGAAUUUUUCCAAUGUAUAUUUCAGUCAAACUCACUUAUAACUUACCUCUCAAGGCCUUACAAUAUUUUUUUUAAUCCUCUAGAGCCGAGUAAACUGGUCAAGAUCUUGUCCACUAGGAACGUGCAACUAAAAUUUCUCAAACGUUUUAUUUGAAGAGGCCUACUUUAAGAAUGUAUUAUUUUAUUUCGAUGAAUCAACUUCUUUUACUUGAAAAUUGCUCUGUGUAGAUUGAUAAUUUUAUCUUUUAUGUCACCGUUAUAAAUGAGUUUGACUGUUUCUUCGUUUAAAGGACAUGUUACCUUUUAUUACAUUUUAGAUUAAUUUUUAUACUCAAUCACAACACUAGACACUGAGCUAACUGCAAAAGCUCAAUUUCCAAAUACAUUUUGAUAUUGAUCCCUAAUAGUUCUUGGGAUACUCUUGAUCUAAAUUUUUGAAAAAAAAUUCCCAAUAUUUAUUGUUUGUCGUAUCUAGAUAGAUGUAGAAGGUUUAUGUAUAUUAAUGUGUUCUUUUCCGCUGUUGAAGACGGCCUACUAUUAAAUUUGUUCAUCCAAAUGAUAAAUUGGGAUUGUGAAAUAAUAAUUAUUAUAUUUUUGUAACAUUAAGUAAUAACUGCAGAGUUGAAAUCAUUAAAUAAAAAUUUUCCAAAUUUCUA